ACCACUGCCCGACUCCUGCGGGCCGUGGUCAGGCAACGCGGCGCCCCCGAGAGUCAGCCAGAAACCGGCAGGGGCAUAUCGGGUAAUUUGAUUGUGGAUCCUGGCGGCACAACAACGGUGGUUUUUGGAAGAGGUCGGCAAGCGCGACAGCUUAGGGGCGUGGCCUGUGAGCUCGGGAGGGGUGGUGGGAGUGGCCAGGCUCAGACGCCCAGCCCGAGUGUCCGGCAGGUCCAAACUUGCCCCUGUCGGGCCAUGCCUGGGGACUCCCCAUCGAUUUGGGAUCUGGUAGAGGAGCACGUUCCGCUCCCGGAGCUACCCGAAGUGAAGAGGAUUCUGGGGGAGACGACGGUGGACCUGAGCCUGGAGCUGCGGGCAGAGUUCUCCUUGCAGGUGAUGAUGUUACGGUCCCUGCUGGAAGAGGCUCGAUCCUCCCAAGCCCCUGGCUCUCGCCGCACCUCUGAUGCCUCCUCCCUUCUGGCACCAUCGCCCUUGCUAAGAGACCUCGUGCGCCAGGAACUACGGCAGCUGCUCCAAGGUCUUCGCCAGAAAGCCAUCUAUGAGGGCAGGGACCAGAACCAGGCCUGGGUCCAGUAUAGCCCCAGGGUUCUGCGCUUUGCCUUGGAGGAGUCCAGGUGUGAUUUUCCAGCACAGGAGAUAUUCCAGAUGAGAGCUGGUGAAUCCAGCAGCUGUCACAGGGACUUCAUUGUCAUCAAGGACCAACUGAACAUGUCCAACAUCGAUCAGGUUGCCGGACACCUGCGGGGCCUCCUGGAGGAGGAGUGUCACACCUUGGAGAGGGAGAUCCCUAUUCUGCAGCGCUGCCUGGAAGAGGAGUACACAGGGGCAUCCCAGCCCUCUGAAGCAACCCUAGAGCCCACCCUGGCAGAACUAAAGGAACAGAAGGCGGCCAUGCAACAGGAGCUGCAGACACCCCUGAGGCCUCCUUGCGUCGCCCCGAGCCACAGGCAGCAGCCCUUGGGGUCCUCCAGCCAGGGCCUCAGAUCCUCGCCUUACCUCUGCGGAGCUGCUGGAGUUUGGGCCAAGCCUCUCCAGCGAUAUCUACCUGCUCCUCCUCUGGAACACAGGCCUCAAGGCCUGGCUGCCACCCACCGCUGGGGACGGAAGCUUCAGUGCAGCCCCAGAAGGCCAGCUUCCACCCCAAUGUCCAGUGCGGUGCCCCAGGCCCCAACCUGACGGGCUGGGCACAAAGGCGGCUUUGGCUUCUGCUGGAACUCGCCCCAUCUGCUACCGCCACUUCUCAGUUGCCAUGGCCCAACCUGCUUCAGAUCUGGUCUUGGAUAGGACCCCAAGGCUGUCCGUCUG